AUGGGGUCACAGGAGGAGAGAGCAGAUGCUGGAGAAAAGGCACAUCUUGCUAAGAAAUUGCUGGCAGAAGCAUUUGAGAAGGAAGGACUUGAUGAAGAAUACUGGCUCCCCAAACUGUCGGAGAUAUUGGGUGUUAAGUCAAGAGAUGCUUUGAAACAUCUGCAAUAUGAAGACUACCUUAAACUGGAGUGCAAAGUACAGUACCCCUGGGAGACCAAGGCACUCCGAAAGCUCCUGGGAAUCACAGACAACAAAACAGCUGUUGAUGAGCUGCAGAAGCAGCGCUUGGAGAUGAUGAAGCAGAGACAAGAAGCAGCCAAGUCAAUCCUACAGGAGCUGGAAGAAAUGCAGAAGAGCCGCAGCCACAGCAAGGAAAUGAUAAGACAGAAAGAGGAGGCACUAUGGCAAGCCAUGGACAUUCCCAAGGAAUACUGGACACCACCAGAGAAGACAUUGGUGAAUGAGCUGGCGAGCAUCCAGAAGCAACUGGAGCAGCAGGAGAAGUCCAUGGGGAAGAGAGAGAAUGUCUCCGAUGAGGAGGUCCUGAGGCGGGCAUCGGGAGGCCUGGCUCUGCAGGGUAUUUACCAAACCAACAGCCUGGAGGAUGUGCUGGCAAAGCGAGAGCAACUCAUCAGGGUCCCCGAUGGCUUCAUGCUCACUGGUCCAGAGCAAGGGUCACUGCUUGAGAGGAAGGAGUUCUCCUCCUCUGCAGCAGAAGCCACUUUCACCAAGUCCACGGAGCAGCUGGGGUUCAGCAUCAGCGCUUCAGCCAAAGCCGGGUUCUGGGGGUUCAGUCUUGAAACAGGUGUAGAUUACAGCACGUCCUCACAGUCAGAGGACUGCCAUCGGUCACGCUCGGAGCAGACAUACAUUUGCACCGCCAAGUACCAGUACAUCCCUCUGGCCUCCUACUACUUCCAAAAGGACCAGCUUCGCCUCUCAGACGCGGCCCUGCGAGAGCUGCAAGACAUUGAACAGCUUCUGAGCAUCACCCAGGAGGCAGAGAGGUUCCACCUACUGAAGAGCAGGUGUGCCAGCUUCUUCAGCAGGUUUGGGUCCCACGUGAACCAGGGACCCCUCCACUUUGGGGGUAUAUUCUGGUGGAAAGCAUCUGCCGAAGGUUUCAGGGCAGAGCAAUGGGAAGAGAUGAAGCAACAAACAUCUGAAGCACUGAACGGCUACAUCGGGGCUACCUUCAGUGGCUUUGGUAGAAAUGCAGGAUUGAAGGUGGAUGCUUCAAACUCCAGCUCACAGGCAUCAUUUCAGGGAAGAGAUAGAAGCAGCGCCCACACAGCAGUUCAGCUCUAUGUGACCAAAACAGGGGGCCCAUCAGAGACGGAUUCCCCUCCCGAGUGGAAAUGCGGGCUUGUGGCCAAUAACGAACCUUGGUGUGUGAUUGACUGGGGCUUUUAGCUGAUCCCAGCAUGGGACAUAAUCCUGUCCAACCACCGCCUCGGACUGGAAAGGUACUAUCCAAGAAAAAUGGGCACAGAAGAUUUCCACAUAAUAUACCAGACAUCUGUACACAACAGCCAGCCCAGCAAGGACAGCGAGCUACCAUUUUACUUCCUGCAAAGGCUACUGACCGUGGAUUAUCGGGUGAGGUACCUGACUUGCAAGGAGGCGAGUAAGCCGGGAGUCGUGCCCACACCAAACACCUCGGUGGCGGACCACGAGCCCUCUGAUUCCUUUGAUGACUUUUUCAGUGACUUAGACGAAGGAGCCCCUGAAUGUGCAAGCAGGGAGAGUCAUGUGCACCCCAUGGACCUCCAGAUGGCAAUUUUUCAUUGUGCUGAUGAUUUCAUGAGACAGUACCUUUCAUCAAAGCUUGCUUUCUGCCAGUUUGCACUACCCCUCCUGGUACCAAACCCGUGCACUUCACAGAUAGAGUUCCCUCUCUGGUCCCUCAGCCAAAUCAAGAAGAGCUGGAAAGGGACGGUGGGAUCGGGAGAGCAGACGAGGAUUAGCAGUCACAACAACAAACUCAUUUGUCAGGCAGAGACACCCAUCGUGUCCUUCCUACGCAUCGGCAGCUCUCCUUCCUCUUCCAAGUCUCAGCUCCUGAAUGCCCUGCUGAGCAAGCAAAAACAUGACACUUUUUUCCACCGACAUUGCAAAGGCAGCACCAAAGACUGCUUCCUGAUGAAAGGUGUUGUGGAGAUCUCCUGGUACAUUCCCCGUGGUAGCGACGACGACAGCUUUAACGGCCCUGUUGCUUUCUGUAACCUGCACGGAGAUGCGAGGGAUCACGAACUCCAGCUGCAGUUCUUACAGGAGGUCUCUGACGUGAACGUGGUUCUUGUUUCUGAGUCUGAUCAGAGCAACAAGAAAGGCAGGAAAAUUUUACAUGAUCUGUGGCAGUCUCAGAAGCCUUUGGUUUGUCUUUUCACUGAGAAAGAGAGCAUUGCAGCUGGCCCAUCUAGCCAAAACAUAAGAAUAGGGAUCAAGAACAGAAAUGAAGCAGAAUUAAUGGGUGAGCUGACAAAGACCAUCCGAGACCUAGUGGAAGGGUUGAGCACACUUGUUAGCCUCAAUGCAUGUCUGAGCACAGCUCGCCAGCAUGGCUUCUUAGUCGAUGAAGAUGCAGAAGCGUGCGUGACAGCCAAAGAAAAGGCAAUCACGCUGGUGAACCUGUUGAAGAAAGAGAAGUUGUCUGAGAUCAAAUCACAGCUACUGCCUCUUCAGGGAAAACUGUGGUACAUGUGGUGUAAAAAGGACAAAGAACUCACUCGCUUGCAGGAAAAGAGGAACAAGAGCAUAGAGCAUCAUCGGAGCCAAAUUGAAUUGGAGAAGUCUGCAAUAAGAAAAAAGCAACUAGACAAAGCGUUCCCCCUCAAUCAGCUGAUGAAAUCAGUCCUUGGCUUUCUCCAGUCACAGCCAGACAAUAUCAAGAAAUUCUUUCUGCAGUGGAUGAAGGUCUUCAUGGACGACCUGUCCUCUGAUCGCCUUGAUGAGCUGAAGAGAGAGUAUCAUCAGUUAUGGUCUCAAAUCUUGGCAUUAAAGAAAAGCAAUGAAAAAAGCGACCUGAAAAGAAUAUUGAUGAAUAAGUUAGACGCCCUUUCCGAUGAAAUCAAUGAUUCGUCCAUUGGCCUUGAGCAUAUUUUGAGAGAGGUAGGGCAGAUUUAUGAGGCGCUGGAAUCAACAAACUCCAAAGAAAAAUGCUUUAUCACACUACCUGAAAUUGCCGCCGAUCUGAUGGUUUCAGGGUAUCCCGUUGAGCUGAUGGAUGGUGACGCUUCUUACAUACCACUGCAAUGGAUUGGAGCAAUCUUUGACAGGUUAAUUGAGAAGCUAGGGGACAAGCGAGUAUUCGUGCUUUCUGUGCUUGGCAUCCAGAGUACAGGGAAGUCAACCCUGCUGAAUGCCAUGUUUGGUCUCCAGUUUAAUGUCAGUGCAGGGAGGUGCACCCGGGGAGCGUUUAUGCAGCUCGUUAAAGUGGACGAGAAGCUCCAACAGGAUUUGAACUUUGAUUACAUGCUCGUUGUUGACACAGAAGGACUUCGUGCCGUAGAGAUGGCCAAUAAGCAGUCACUUAACCAUGACAAUGAGCUGGCCACCUUUGUCAUUGGCAUGGGCAACAUGACUCUGAUCAACAUCUUUGGAGAAAAUCCUUCGGAAAUGCAAGACGUCCUUCAGAUUGCUGUGCAGGCUUUCCUGAGGAUGAGGCAAGUAAAUCUUUCCCCAAGCUGCCUGUUUGUGCACCAAAACGUGGGCGAAAUAACCGCAAAGGAACAGAACAUGGAAGGACAAAGACGCCUGCAGGAGAAGCUGGAUGAAAUGACCGUGACAGCGGCCCAGCAGGAAUUCUGUGACGUCACCUGCUUCAGCGACGUCAUCCGCUUUGACGUGAACACCCACAUUCAUUACUUUGCUCACCUGUGGGAAGGAAACCCACCGAUGGCACCGCCCAACCCCACCUACUCCCAGAACGUCCAGGAAUUAAAGAGCAGAAUUCUCCAAGCUGCCAAGAAGGAAUCGCAGAGCAGCAUUUUGAGGCUCUCCAGCUUGAAAGUUCGUAUUAGUGACCUGUGGAAUGCCUUGCUGAACGAAAACUUCGUUUUCAGCUUCAAGAAUUCAGUGGAGAUUGCCGCAUACAAGAAACUGGAAACCGCAUUUAGUCAGUGGACCUGGCAGCUGAGAAGUCACAUCUUAGACUUGCAAAUGAAACUGGAAAAUAAGGUUCGGAAUGGGGAGUUGAGGAAGGUCACCAUGGAACACCUUGAAAAACUGGUGCAAGAGACAAAUGAUGCCAUCACCAAGAACAUGGAAAUGUUCUUCGGUGAAGACAGAGACCGUGAAAUACUGAUCCAGUGGAAAAGCAGCACGGAACUGAAGCUGAAAGAACUGAGAGAGUCCCUUCUUGUUGAAACAAGAAGGAAGUGUGAGAAACUUAUAGAACUAAAGAAGAGCCGCAGUAAACUGGAUCAGAGGAAGUCCAAAUAUGAAAAGGAGCUCCUGAAAAAGAGCAGACAGUUGGCCCUGUCUCUAAAAGGCCAGGAAUUAAGCAAAAGUGAACUGAGAAAACACUUCAAUUCCCUCUGGAUGUACUGGGUUACUGAAGUCUCCUCUGCUGCUCCCCCUCUUGAACAGGUGGACAUUGAUGUGGACAUAGAAGAUGUCCUUCUAGAUCACUUUAGGGAGCCUAAUGUAGAUAAACGAAUCAGGAAGUUAUACCAAAAGACUGUCUUUUCUCUUGACAUAGAGAAACAUGUGUCUAAGAAAAAACGGUUCGGCAUCAUUCCUAAGAGUUUUGACAAUGCCGAUGUGAGCAACAUGCACCACAUUACAGAUAGCAUCAAAACACAUGUGAAGGCAAACAUUGAGAAGAAGGAAAAGGACAAAAUGGAUUACAGUCGAACUUUUAUUCAUGAAAUACUAAAUGAAGUGGGGGAAGGUAUGAACUCUGUCCUUAACACUGCAAAAUAUAGUUUUAAUAAAGAUUACAGAAUAGAUUUAUCACUGUACCUGUGCAGAAUGGCAGCAGAAAGGUUUAAAGACAUGCAUGCAGCAUUCAGGAAAGCAAACGAUCCAGUCGUCUACCUGAAGAGCAAGAGAGAAGACUUCUUUAAAAGUUUCCAGAUUUCCUGCCAAGGAUCCUCUUGA